AUGGAAAAAGCUGUAUUACCAACAUCAUCAGUGGGGGUUGCUCCCACUUCCACUAUUGCUUCUAAGGAGAGCCGGAAUCGCACUAAUGUUCCUCAGAGUGUUAUUGAUCUCAUUGUGUCUGUGAAUUAUGUGCUUCACAUAUAUCAGAGUGUUACUGAUCUUAUUGUGUCUGGCGUGGCGUUCCUCUCCUUCUCCUGGGCCUUUGGCUACUACCUGUGCAAGUCUGUCCACUACUUCCAGAUUGUGGCCAUGGUCUGCUCGGUCAUGACCUUGACCGUCAUGAGCAUUGAGAGGAAUAUCGCCAUCUUGUCCCCCCUCCGCUCCAAACGUAUCUGCACCAGACGAAGGGCCCGUGUGGCUGUGGUGUUCUUGUGGCUGGGCUCCCUCAUCCUGGCCCUCCCCAUCCUCUUUGCUCAGCAACACAAGGAGGUGGGGAACCUCUACAAAGCCUUCUGGUGCAAGAAAGAAUGGGACAAACCCAUCCACGGCAUCCUCUUCGAAUCCUACAUGCUGGUGCUUCUUUUUAUGGUGCCUGUCUGCGUCAUGGUCGUAUCGUACACCACCAUCUGUCUGGAACUGGCCAAAGGGUCCAAGUUCUGGCGCCAGACCACCGCUGACCAGUCCAGGUCCCUGUGUGUGAACCACACCAACCACAGCAACCACAGCAACCACACCUACAGCGCCAGCCUCACACAGACCAACGCCUGUGUGGACAACAGAAUGCUCAACAGACACAAGGAGAGGAUGGACAAGGAGAAGAUGAAGGUCAUCCGGAUGUUGAUUGUCGUCGUCGUGCUCUUCGCCUUCUGCUGGGGUCCCAUCCUGAUCAACAAUCUCCUCGUGGCUCUCGGCGUCUUACCGGACCUGCACUACGGCGUGCUCAAACCCCUCCGGAUGACCAUGUUCGUCCUCUCCUACAUCAACUCCAGCCUUAACCCUCUCGUUUACGGCUUCAUGUCGCGUCAUUUCCGUCGAGGUUUCCGCGAAGCCAUCUGUAUUUGUUAUUUAAAAUCUUCGCGGAGAGGCGCGGAGAACCGGUUGUACAGAGCGACCAGGGGCAACAACAUGAGCUGUUAUUACGCUUCCGAGUCCCGGGCGUCUACCAUCAGAACCGGCACCAUCCGGUUAAGUCCGGUUACGGAGCAGAUCCGGGUGGAUGAGGAUAUGGGGGAGUCGCCGGUCGGGAGUGUUCGCUACGGGCGGAAAGUCUGGGCCCGGACGGAGAGGGUGCCGCAUAACCUCCAUGAUGACUAA